GCGCCGCUUCCGCCGCCGCCCCCUCCGGACCUCCCAGGGCAGCGGUCUCAUGCCCUCUCUGCGCCCGGCGCUGCUUAGAGCUGCCCGCGCCGCUCUGCUGCUGUCGCCGCCGCCCCGGCUCCCGGCCCGGCCUCCUCUUCUGCCCUGCCGGCCCAUCAGCAAGCCAGCCCGCGCCCCGACCUCGUUCCCCGCUGCCGCAUCCCGGAGCAGCAUGGAUGGUGCGGGGGCCGAGGAGGUGCUGGCACCUCUCAGGCUAGCGGUGCGCCAGCAGGGAGAUCUUGUGCGAAAACUGAAAGAAGAUAAAGCACCCCAGGUCGAUGUAGACAAAGCAGUAGCUGAGCUCAAAGCCCGGAAGAGGGUUCUGGAAGCAAAGGAGCUAGCGUUACAGCCCAAAGAUGAUGUUGUAGACAGAGCAAAAAUGGAAGAUACCCUGAAGAGGAGGUUUUUCUACGAUCAAGCUUUUGCUAUUUAUGGAGGUGUUAGUGGUCUCUAUGAUUUUGGGCCAGUUGGAUGUGCUUUGAAAAAUAAUAUUAUUCAGACAUGGAGGCAGCACUUUAUCCAAGAGGAACAGAUUCUGGAGAUUGACUGCACCAUGCUCACCCCUGAGCCAGUUUUAAAGACUUCUGGCCAUGUAGACAAAUUUGCUGACUUCAUGGUGAAAGAUGUAAAAAAUGGAGAGUGUUUUCGUGCUGACCAUCUAUUGAAAGCUCAUUUACAGAAAUUGAUGUCUGAUAAGAAGUGUUCUGCUGAGAAGAAAUCAGAGAUGGAAAGUGUCUUGGCCCAGCUUGAAAACUAUGGACAGCAAGAACUGGGGGAUCUUUUUGUGAACUAUAAUGUAAAAUCCCCCACUACUGGAAAUGAUCUUUCCCCUCCAGUGCCUUUUAACUUAAUGUUCAAGACCUUCAUUGGGCCUGGAGGAAAUAUGCCUGGAUACUUGAGACCAGAAACUGCACAGGGGAUUUUCCUGAAUUUCAAACGACUUUUGGAAUUCAACCAAGGAAAGUUGCCUUUUGCUGCUGCCCAGAUUGGAAAUUCUUUCAGAAAUGAGAUCUCCCCUCGAUCUGGACUGAUCCGAGUCAGAGAAUUCACAAUGGCAGAAAUUGAGCACUUUGUAGAUCCCACUGAGAAAGACCAUCCCAAGUUCCAGAAUGUGGCAGACCUCCACCUGUAUUUGUAUUCAGCGAAAGCCCAGGUCAGCGGACAGUCUGCUCGGAAAAUGCGCCUAGGAGAUGCUGUUGAACAGGGCGUGAUUAACAACUCAGUAUUAGGCUAUUUCAUUGGCCGCAUCUACCUCUACCUCGUGAAGGUUGGUGUAUCUCCAGAUAAGCUCCGCUUCCGACAGCACAUGGAGAAUGAGAUGGCCCAUUAUGCCUGUGACUGUUGGGAUGCCGAAUCCAAAACAUCCUAUGGCUGGAUUGAGAUUGUCGGAUGUGCUGACCGUUCCUGUUAUGACCUUUCUUGUCAUGCGAGAGCCACCAAAGUCCCACUCGUAGCUGAGAAGCCUCUGAAAGAGCCCGAAACAGUCAAUGUUGUUCAGUUUGAACCUAAUAAGGGAGCAAUUGGCAAGGCGUAUAAGAAGGAUGCAAAGCUGGUGAUGGACUACCUUGCCAUUUGUGAUGAGUGUUACAUUACAGAAAUGGAGGAACUACUGAAUGAAAAAGGGGAAUUUACUAUUGAAACUGAAGGGAAAACAUUUCAGUUGACAAAAGACAUGGUCAAUGUGAAGAGGUUCCAGAAAACACUAUAUGUGGAAGAAGUUGUUCCGAGUGUAAUUGAACCCUCAUUUGGCCUGGGUAGGAUCAUGUAUACAGUAUUUGAACAUACGUUCCAAAUACGCGAGGGAGAUGAACAGAGAACGUUCUUCAGUUUCCCUGCUGUAGUAGCUCCAUUCAAAUGUUCCGUCCUUCCACUGAGCCAAAACCAGGAGUUCAUGCCGUUUGUCAAGGAAUUAUCGGAAGCCUUGACCAGGCACAGCAUCUCUCACAAAGUAGACGAUUCCUCGGGGUCCAUCGGAAGACGCUACGCCAGGACUGAUGAGAUCGGCGUGGCUUUCGGCAUCACCAUUGACUUUGAUACAGUGAACAAGGCCCCUCACACGGCAACCCUGCGGGACCGAGACUCCAUGCGGCAGAUAAGAGCAGAGGUCUCUGAACUGCCCAGUGUAGUUCGCGAUCUGGCCAAUGGUAGCAUCACGUGGGCUGACGUGGAGGCCAGAUAUCCUCUCUUUGAAGGUCAAGAAACUGGGAAAAAAGAGACAAUCGAAGAAUAAGGACAGUUUUGGCAACUUUUGACCGUUCGCGCUAAUAAAAGAAUAACUCUCAUCAUGUCCACUUUACAAAAAAAAAACAGCAUUGCAUCUCCUCCCGGGGACUUCAUUUUACCCUCAGUGGCUGCCUGAUCUUACUCCCACAAUUAAAGCUGAAGAAUUCUGAACAAA